AUGGACAAGACGGUGCGGCUGUGGCACAUCUCUAUGGACGAGUGCCUGCGGGUGUUCAAGCACACCGACUUUGUGACAGCUAUUGACUUCCACCCGCUGGAUGACAAGAUGUUCCUUAGCGGCUCCAUCGAUGGCAAGGUGCGGCUGUGGAACAUCCCCGAGCAGCGGGUGGUGUCAUGGCAGGAUGUGCACGAGAUGGUGACCGCCGUCACCUACUGCCUGGAUGGCCGCAAGGCGGUGGUCGGCACAAUGAAGGGCAAGUGCCGGUUCUACACGAUCGAGACAAGCACGCUGGAGUACGAGGCGCAGCUGGACGUGAAGAACAAGCGGGGGCAGCACUCGCGGGGAAAGAAGAUCACGGGGCUCACCUUCCUGCCCUCGGAGCCGGGCAAGCUGCUGAUCACCAGCAACGACUCGCGGGUCAGGCUGUACGACGGCUACACGCUGCGCUGCAAGUACAAGGGCCACACCAACCGCAACACGCAGAUCCGGGCCUCUUUCUCCCCGGGAGGCGACUACAUCACCUGCGGCUCCGACGACGGCUGGGUGUAUGUGUGG